UAAGUCAAAGGUUAAAGGUCGCUGUGCACUUCGCUGCACCUGUUUCUGUAAACAAACAGACUCCUCGAUCAAAGUCGUAUAUUUUUUCCUUUUAGAGCAGUGACAGCUAUACCCCUCGUAUGGAAAUGGGAGCCGAAAACGUAGGGAAGGGGUGGCAAAGAUGUGAUGCAAAGGAGACCACGUCUAGCGGUGUAUUUAGACGUUAAAACAAGGACAACAACAACAACAAAAUGGCGGAUCCUGAAAGUGACUUACUGCGUCAGGUUGUUGACGACCAUCUGACGUGCGCCAUAUGUCUGCAAACCUUCGACUCCGAGUUGAGAAAACCGAAAAACCUGCCGGUAUGUCGGCAUAUCUUCUGUCUGGAGUGUUUAAAGAAGUAUGUGGAGCACAAGCAGGUCCGCAUGUUCGAGUGUCCGCAUUGUCGGAGGCAGGUGAAAUUGUCGCUGAAAGGCGUAGAAGGACUGCCAGACGAUCGGACUGUUCUAAGUUUGACCGAUAAAGUAGUAUUAAACAAGGGAGGCGCCAAGCCAAAGAGCAAGGACGAAGUAAAAAACAACAAGGAUAGUAUUGCUCCACGAGGGGUUGACCACGACACCUGUCCAAAGCACCAGGGAGAAGAACUGCGUAUGUACUGUAACAGAUGUGCUGUGCCUGUGUGUACAGAGUGUGUGGAGAAUGAACACGAUGGACACAGCACUUCUGGUAUAAAGAAAAUUGCAGAGAUGUCCAAGGAGAAUCUGAACCCUCUUCUUGGUGAAGGCAAGUGGAAGAUGGAAGAACUAAGGGGACAUCUGAAGGGUCUACAGUUUGCUGGACAACGUCUACAGGAGAGCAAAGAAGCUGCAACAACUCACGUCAAGGAGUUGGGAAGAACACUUAAGUCUGAGAUCGAUGCAAUAGUCGCAAACAUUUUGGGUGAAAUUGAAGCUCGCAAUGAAGGCAACCUCCAUGUAAUAAUGAAAGAUAAAGAGGAUGCUUCCAGAAAAUUAGAGGAACUCAAUAAGAUUUGUUCAGAUGUAGACACAGAACUUAAGACUAGCACUCCUUCAAGGAUUGUAGAGAAAGAGCAAGAAAUGGGUGACCAGUUGAAGCAAGUUGUGUCACAAGAUGUCCCUGUACACGAGUCUGUGAUCACGUUUGAAUUUAAGGCAAACAGGACAAAAUUAAGCGAUCUUUCAUUUGGGGAAGUAAGAGAAAAUGUUGAGAUUAUAGAUAGAAAGUCAUUUACUAACCGUGUUCUGUCACAGAUAGGUGGGGAGGGUUGCAUGCUGCACCCUGGUGGUGUGACCACUUGGGAAGAUGAGAUCUAUAUGGUAGACAGGGGGAACAAACAGAUACAGGUGUUUGAUCGGCAUGGUAACAAGAGGCGUAGUUUUCCUACAGAUGUCUUUGAGAACGGGUCCGAGCCGCAAGACAUCUGCGUCAUGUUUUUCGAGAAUGAAAUCCAAGUUUUUGUCACCGAUAAGUGCGAACAGGGGCUGCGAAUCUUUGACCAGUAUGGCAAAUACAUCGACAAGCUCAGCAAUGUUUGUACGGGACCCAUGGGUCUUACUGUGUGUAAACAACAGGGGACACUUGUUGUUGUUGACCAGGACGACAACUGUGUCCGCAUGUGGCCAGCACUGAACUCUUGCAGCCCUCCGGAAAACUAUCACUUCUCUUUCAACCGACCUUUUGGCAUCACGACAAACAUGAAAGGCAAAAUCUUCCUCUCGGAUUGUCAGAAUCACUGCAUAAAAGUUCUCAGCCCAAAAGGAGAGCACCUCCACACUUUUGGAUCAGAAGGGGGUGGGGAGGGGCAGUUACGGUAUCCCUUAGGUGUUCAGUGCGACGAUCAAGGUCAGAUUUUGGUCGCUGACUCGGGAAACAGACGAGUAGAGGUUUUCAGCGAGGAUGGGGAGUUCAGAUGUCAUGCUGUGACGGCGGAGGAUGGUUUGGGUUGUCCCGUCGGGGUGGCAUUGUUACCGCAGGGUGACGUGUUGGUGGUGACGGAUAACGAAAGCCACAAACUUCUUUUUGUAAGAUACAGUUUGUGAAAUUGUGAGACUGCAGUUUCACUGAUGGAA